AUGGGAGGCGUGGCGGUGGAUGCGGGUGCAGGAGGGGUGAAGGCUCCAGAUGGCGGGUGGGGCUGGGCGGUGCUGGCAGGCUGUUUUGUCAUCACAGGCUUCUCCUACGCUUUCCCUAAAGCGGUCAGUGUGUUUUAUAAAGAGCUGAUCAGGGAGUUUGGGGUGGGAUACAGCGACACUGCCUGGAUCUCCUCCAUACUGCUGGCCAUGCUCUAUGGCACAGGUCCUCUGUGCAGCGUGCUGGUGAACCGCUUCGGCUGUCGUCCAGUGAUGAUGGUGGGCGGCCUCUUUGCCUCUCUGGGAAUGGUCCUGGCCUCCUUCUCCACCACCAUCAUCCACAUCUACCUCUCUGCUGGAGUCAUUACAGGUUUGGGCUUAGCCCUGAACUUCCAACCAUCUCUAAUUAUGCUCAACCGCUACUUCAGUGAGAAGCGUCCUCUGGCCAAUGGGCUUUCAGCAGCAGGAAGCCCCGUGGCCCUGUGCUGCCUCUCGCCACUGGGCCAGGUCCUCCAGUACCAGUACGGAUGGAGGGGGGGCUUCCUCAUCUUGGGAGGCAUGCUGCUCAACUGUUGUGUGUGCGCUGCCCUGAUGAAGCCUCUGGUCGCCCCCAAGACCCUCAAGGCUACUGACUUAGAGCAGGAUAGCAAGGAAGGAACAGAGGGGGCAGAGAAGAAGAAGCCCAAAUCCAAGCUGCUGGAUUUCUCUGUGUUCCAUGACUGUGGGUUUCUAAUCUACACGCUGGCGGCAUCCAUCAUGGUGUUGGGGCUGUUUGUGCCUCCGGUCUUUGUUGUGAGCUAUGCUAAGGAGCUUGGGAACGAGGACACCAAAUCUGCUCUGCUGCUCAGUAUCCUGGGCUUCAUUGACAUUUUCGCACGGCCCACCUGCGGUGUGAUCGCCGGACUGAGAUGGGUGCGGCCUCGCUGCGUCUACCUCUUCAGCUUUGCUUUGAUCUUCAAUGGAACCACUGACCUGAUUGGAUCACAGGCUAAAGACUAUCCAUCGCUGGUGGUCUUCUGCAUCUUCUUUGGCCUCUCCUACGGCAUGGUGGGUGCGCUGCAGUUUGAGGUUCUCAUGGCAAUAGUUGGUACUGAGAAGUUCUCCAGUGCCAUUGGCCUGGUCCUGCUCAUGGAGGCCAUUGCUGUGCUGGUGGGGCCACCUGGUGCAGGCCGGCUUCUUGAUGCUACCAAGAACUACAUGUAUGUCUUCCUGCUGGCAGGGAGUGAGGUGGUCCUCUCAGCUGUGGUUUUGGCUGCUUGUAACUUCCUGUUUAUCAGAGAGCAGUCCCCAACGCCAGCAGACGCGCUCGAGAAAAUCACAGUGGCAGACGACGCCAAGACCGAGGCGUGCGGCGAACCCACGGAGAUGAAAGAUGAGGAGGAGAAAGGAGCAAGAGAGGAGCAAGAGAAGGAGACAAUUAAGGAGGUCAUAAAGGAGCCAAAGGAGGCGGCAGACAUAGAGAAAGUAGAGGUCAGGCCAGAGAGUGUAACAGUGGACUCACAGGAAGUGGAAAGGUUCUUGAAAGAGCCUCAAGAAAAUGGCAACAUGGCCACCAGUCCAGAAACGUGCCUGUGAGCCAGGAUGGAGGACGCUG